AUGCACAGCGGAAUUCCAGACACUCGCGGCAAUCGAAACGGCGUCUGCUCGGAGAACCCAGAGCCCAAUGAUGAAACCGGUAAUCGUAUCCCACUCAACCAUGAAUACUGGGAUCCUCAUAGAGAGAGCGAUACCACCAAUCCCAAUGGCUCUGGUGAGGAGGAUUUCAGCUACACCGCACCGGACGAUGCUGAAAUUGACUGCGUAUCGGUUAACCCCGAGAUUGACCCAGACGACAGCACAAGUUCUUGGUUUGAAGCAGAGGAAUCAGACGUCGAGAAGGGCCAUGAAGAUGGGGAAGAACAAGAAGUGGCUUUUGUGGAACAGGAUGAUCAAAGUUAUUCGAGUGAUGGUGACGAGAGUGUUUCCAUUGAUUCAGAUCAAAUGAAGGAAGAAGCCAUCCGUUCCAGCUUCUUUUGGCAAGUUGUCCCGUACACCAGAAGGGGAGGAAGGAAAUAA